AUGACAUCGAGUCUCUCCAAACUAUCAAACGUACUAUUUCGAAAAAAGACGUUUGAGGGUGGAUCCCAUCUAAACUCGCAAAUGAAAAGAUGUCUUACAAUUCUCGAUGUAAUGUUCAUUGCAAUCGGUCAUAUGAUUGGUGCAGGAAUAUAUGUGCUCACUGGUUCCGUGGUUCGAAAUCAAGCUGGUCCUGCGAUUAUUCUAUCUUUUAUUUUUUCGGGCUUUGCUGCUCUUUUGUCAGCGUUCAGUUAUGCAGAGUUUGGAGCGAGAUUCCCACGUGCCGGCAGUGCAUACACUUAUAGCUAUGUAGGAAUGGGUGAGAUCUGGGCAUUUGUUGUUGGUUGGACUGUCCCACUGGAGUAUAUGAUUGGAAAUGCAGCUGUUGCUAGAUCCUGGUCAGGCUAUUUUGACAGUCUCGUAUAUAAAAGUGUCUCAAAUUGGACUUUGGAGCAUGUUGGUCAUUUAAGUGAUGGAGAAGGAUUCUUUGCCAAGUACCCAGAUUUCUUGGCAUUCGUUUUAUUGUUCUUAGUAGCUGUUGCUGUUGCGAUGGGAUCAAAGUUUUCCGCAAAUGUCAAUACUAGUUUUGUGGUUUUAAAUCUGGCGGUUCUCGCAUUUGUAAUUGUCUGUGGGUUUACAUAUGCCGACUUCUCUCUCUGGUCAGGAAAUUAUCCAGAUGGAACAUCAAAGUUUUUCCCAUAUGGAAUACAAGGAGCAGUUUCUGGUGCUUCCACCUGUUUCUUCGCUUAUAUUGGCUUCGAAGCAUUAGCAACUGCUGGAGAGGAAGCUAAAAACCCGCACAGGACAAUCCCACUGGCCACAUUCAGUUCAUUGGCAAUUAUCAGUGUACUCUAUGUACUCAUGGGAGCUUCAUUGACCUUGAUGGUACCAUACGAUCAAAUUGACCCAGAUGCAGCGUUUGCAGCAGCAUUUGAAAUGAAAGGAGCAACAGUUGCAAAAGUUAUUAUGAGUGUUGGUGCAUUGGCUGGAAUGCUUAAUAAUCUUGUCACCGGAGCAUUUGCACUUCCCAGAGCCGUUUACGCUAUGGCUGAUGAUGGUUUGAUUUUUGGAUGGUUUGGAGUGAUUAAUUCAAGAACGAAAACUCCGUUAAAUGCUACAAUUGCUUUCACUAUCCUAAACGCCAUUCUGGCUCUUGUCUUCGAUCUUGAGGCACUUGUAGAUUUCAUGUCUAUUGGAACUCUUCUGGCCUAUUCCAUGGUAUCGGUGUGCGUUGUAAUUCUCAGACAUGAACCUCAAUUGAUUGAUGGGAGUGAAACAGAGUAUGAUGAUGGUGGCAAUCUAAAAUCUUGGGUUCCAUUCCGUGGAUUCUGGCAUAAAUUCUCGGAAGGCAUCUCAAUCAGGUGCGCAGUUGGCACGCUGAUUUUCGGAUAUGUCUGCUUGGCUAUUCCAUUCAAAACUGGAAUUUUUAGUAAUCCAGGAGGCAUCAUUUUAUUAAUCAUUGGAGCGGUGUGCUCCUUAACAGCUUUCAUUUUGAUUCUGGGUCACGAGCAGAACAAAUCCACAACUACAUACAAAGUUCCAUUUGUUCCUUUCCUUCCAUGUCUUGGACUACUUAUCAACGUUUUCAUGAUGGUGUAUCUAAAUCUCAUGACAUGGAUUCGUUUGUUCGUUUGGCUCGUCAUCGGAAUUGUUAUUUAUGUUUGUUAUGGAAUUCGGCAUAGCAAAGAAGCCAAAAAAUUGAAUAGGGUUGCCUCGAGCCAUAUGUCGGUGCUGAAGAAUGGAGAUAGCAAAGUUCACUAA